AGUCUCGACUACCAUCAGUCUUACAGGCAAAUGUCUUUGACAACCCCAGAAAACAGCAAUGAUGCAAAAAUCAUUGCACCCUACGGUUCCUGGAAGUCCCCUAUCACCUCUGACCUGGUCUCCGGCUCUGAUAAGUUCCUCUUUGGCAUCUCUGUUGACUGCUUCGGCCACCUCUUUUGGGUAGAGUCCCGACCCAACGAAUCAGGGCGAUUGGUGCUGGUUAAGCAAGGAGAAAAAGAAGGGGACGAGCCAAUAGAUAUUACCCCAAAGGAGUUCUGUGUUAGGUCGGUCACUCAUCAGUUGCAAGGAGGAGCCUUUUGUAUUUCAGGCGACACAUUAUUCUUCUCCAAUUACAAGGAUCAAAGACUCUAUAAGCAGUCAAUCUCGUCAAAAGAUUCUACUCCUGUGCCAAUUACUCCAGAUCAUGGCACUCCGCUUGUGUCUUAUGCGGAUGGAGUUUUUGACUCGCGGUUUAAUCGUUACAUAGCAGUACAAGAAGACUGCCGUGAAAGUAGCAUGAAUUCUAUCACCACUAUAGUAUCCAUCAAUGUUGACAAUGAAAGUAUCCAAGAACCAGAAGCGUUGGUUGCUGGCAGUGAUUUUUACGCUUUCCCGCGCAUGGAUCCAAAAGGAGAGCGGAUGGCCUGGAUUCAGUGGAACCAUCCUGAUAUGCCGUGGGACAGAUCAGAACUUUGGGUUGGCUAUAUAGGUGAUGAAGGGGAAAUGCAGAAAAGAAUCUGUGUUGUGGGUGGUGAUCAAAUGGUUGUGGAAUCUCCAACUCAACCUAAGUGGUCUCCUCAAGGGGAGCUAUUCUUCAUCUCUGAUAGAGAAACUGGGUUUUGGAAUCUUUACAAAUGGGUGGAAUCUACCAAUCUGGUGGUUCCAGUUUUCCAAUUGGACGCCGAGUUUGCAAGACCUAUGUGGAAUUUCGGUAUGAACUCAUACGACUUUAUUGAGGAUAAAGAUCAGAAAAGCUUAAUUGCCUGCAGUUACAGCCAAAAUGGGAAGUCAUAUCUUGGUAUUCUGGAUCCUGUUCAAUGCACAUUGUCACCGAUCGGUCUUCCGUUCACAGAAAUAAGUACUAUUACUUCUGGGAUUCACUGCCUAUAUAUUGAGGGAGCUUCUGCAGUUGAUCCAUUGUCAAUAUCUAAGGUGACUUUAGAUUAUCAGAAAUCAAAAGCAGUUGAUUUCAGGAUUACAUGGUCCUCUUCUCGUAUUUGCUCAGCAUAUAAAUCAUAUUUUAGUAUGCCAGAACUGAUAGAGUUUCCAACCAGUGUCCCUGGUCUGAGUGCAUAUGCAUACUUCUACCCACCGAGCAAUCCAAUAUAUCAAGCUAAUCCAGAGGAGAAGCCUCCAUUACUUUUGAAAAGCCAUGGAGGGCCUACUCUGGAGACACGUGCAAUCUUAAACCUUGGUGUUCAAUACUGGACGAGUCGUGGUUGGGCAAUUGUGGAUGUUAACUAUGGUGGAAGUUCUGGCUAUGGCCGAAGAUAUCGAGAAAGGAUAUUAGGACAGUGGGGAAUAGUUGAUGUCAAUGAUUGUUGCAGUUGUGCAAAAUUUUUGGUGGAUAGUGGAAAAGUAGAUGGUGAACGGCUUUGUAUUACUGGGGAAUCAGCUGGUGGGUACACCACUCUAGCAGCUCUUGCAUUCACAGAAACAUUUAAAGCUGGAGCUUCCUUGUUUGGUAUUGCUGAUCUGAAGUUGCUGAAAGAAGAAACGCACAAGUUUGAAUCGCACUAUACCGACAAUCUUGUUGGAAGCGGAUCUGCAUACUUUGAGAGAUCACCUAUAAAUUUUGUUCAUCAAUUUUCUUGCCCUGUGAUUCUAUUUCAAGGAUUAGAAGACGAGGUUGUCCCUCCUGAUCAAGCACGAAGAAUCUAUACUGCAUUGAAGGAGAAAGGGUUGCCUGUUGCUCUUGUGGAGUACCAGGGAGAAGGGCAUGGUUUUCGGAAGGCUGAAACCAUCAAGUUUACCCUCGAACAACAAAUGGUGUUUCUUGCCAGGAUGGUGGGACAUUUCGACGUAGCAGAUGAAAUCACUCCCAUCAGAAUUGAUAACUUUGACUGAGGAGGCUCCGUAGUUGAUGUUGGAGUCCGCUAUUACGGCUGAUACAAACCUGUACUGCACAUUUUUUGUAUGAAGAAUUUUACGCAGCACUGAUGAUUAUUCCGUGCAGCUGGAGUCUGCUAUAACUACUUGUGUUCAGAGCCGCCUGAUUCUGAUUCAUGCACUCGGACGUUACCACCAAGAGCGUGGAAAUUUUGGGUGCUCUUCUCGACCAACUAUGCCCAUAGACCAUAUCCAUGAUUAUUAGUACUUGCUACAUUCUUACUUUUCCCCUUUGUUGUCUGUUUGUUGUUUUUCUGUUGUCUGCGAGUAAAAUAGCCUACGAACGUGUUUAGAAGUGGCAGGCAAGGAAAUGGCAAAAAUGAUCAUUAAACAAUUCAACGUUUCUUGUUUUCAUCA